CUUGUAUUUUGGUGACCCUAGUUAUAGACUAACUCGACUUAAUUGUAUCACGUGUCAGUAAUGGUGUACACUCGGUGGAAAUGUGAUCGUAUUCCUGUUUUCACUCUGAAGCUUUUUACCCAAGAGUAUCCCGUUCAAACUUUUGUUGGGUUUUUAUCGAUGGUAUUUCUUUGGAAACAUGCCAAUUAUUGUUCAGAAGAAACAGAACGUAAGAAAGGCUGGUGGGCUGGUUAUCCAUACUGGCGUGAUCCGAUUGCCCGACGUAACGAAAUUAAAUAUAAAAAUAUGAUCAACAACAAUAAUGUGGAUAUAACAGAUUCGAAAUGGACUGGAUGUUCUAGAGAGGAUCUUGAGCGUCUUAAGAACAUUGUGUAAAAUAGGAGAGGUCGACCGCACAAAAGGUUAUGCCGUUAUUACAUUGUUCCAAUUUGUAUAGAUAUGCGGAAGUAGUAUAGUUCUAGUGUUUCUUUUUUCAUCCUUUUGUGAAUUUUAAUAUCAGAUUAUGAACA